CCCCCACACACAGCCCGCAGCUACGAGUCGGCAGCGGUCGGUGAAUACAUGGUUCUACACCCAUCGCGCCACCCGGACUGCAGCCGCUCGACGGGAGACGUCGAAACGGCUUUUGUUUCCAUCUUUUAAGGCCGUGGGUUUCCGAGAUAAUUAUCGAAGUACUGUAGCACCACCAUGGGCGUGGAAGUCGAGACAAUAUCCCCCGGUGAUGGAAGAACAUUCCCAAAGAAGGGCCAGGCGUGUGUGGUUCAUUACAUCGGUAUGCUGCAGAACGGGAAGAAGUUUGACUCCUCCCGAGACAGGAACAAGCCAUUUAAGUUCAAGAUUGGACGUAGUGAGGUCAUUAAGGGCUGGGAGGAAGGGGUAGCACAGAUGAGCCUGGGCCAGAGGGCGAAAAUCACGUGCACACCCGAUAUGGCGUACGGAGCGACAGGCCACCCCGGGGUCAUCCCCCCGAACGCCACGCUCAUAUUCGACGUGGAGCUGCUGAAGCUGGAGUGACCCGGAGGUUGAAAACCAAGGCUGAAGCGCAACAAGGCUGCAUUUCUCCCACCAUCCUCUCACUCUCUGUUGACUUCUACAGUCUUCUUUUAGUCCGAUAUUUAAAUGCAUCUACCGUUGAAUUUUGACAUCUUGUCGUCAUGGAUCCGGCAGAGAAAAAAAAAGAAAAGUCACCACGCAAGACUCUUUUUUCACUGACACACCACCACUACUUUCUGUUAGUUAGUCAGAGAUGCUAUUUUGUUUUUGUUUCAUUUCAAAUUGUACAUGUUUGUGGAACCACGAGGAAAUCCGUCUUCUGAUGCAAAGCCGUACUACAUAGCAAAAAUGAAAAAACAUAUACUGCCUUACAGUUUAAACAGCAGAUGAAGGGUACAUUGUGUGAAAAGUACUUCUGCUCUGUAUCUUAACUGGGCAUUAUACACCACUGUCUGCAUUGCCACUUUGAUAAAGGUUUGACCUGCUGAUUGCUCUGAAUGAUGUUGCUAUGUGUAGUAUAUAUUUUAUAUCCCUCAUAAACAUUUACUGCAGGUGUACCCGGUCCAAUAUAACCCGAUCCAAUACUGUACAGAACUCUGUGAGAGCCACAGCUACUAUUUCAGUUGAUUGACCAACUCUUGAAUAAAAAUGGCAUGUGUUGUGUCGAGAAAUCUUGUGUCCUGUGUGUGAUCAGAGAUGGAGCGAAUA